CGGCUCCUCACCGACGCGCAGCCCGCGCUCGCUCCGGCCUGUUGACUGAAAAUCAGCCUGCGCCUGGCCAGAUCUGUCGGCGGAGGACCGCAGCUCAGCGACGACGCGGUAGCCAUGGCUGAAGCGGCGCCCGCCCGGCUAAAUACAGAGAAGAGUUCAUACCUCCACUCCACGGAAAUCACACUGUGGACCGUGGUGGCUGCCGUUCAGGCCUUGGAGAAGAAAGUGGAUUCCUGCCUGGCCCGCUUGCUGACUCUGGAGGGACGCUUAGGCACAGCAGAAAAGAAGCUGGCUGACUGUGAGAAGACAGCUGUGGAGUUCAGCAGCCAGCUGGAGGGCAAGUGGGCCGUGCUGGGCACCCUGCUGCAGGAGUACGGGCUGCUGCAGCGGCGGCUGGAGAACGUGGAGAACCUCAUGCGCAACCGGAACUUCUGGGUCCUGCGGCUGCCCCCUGGCAGCAAGGGCGAGGUCCCCAAGGUGCCCCUGACCUUUGAUGACGUGGCUGUGUAUUUCUCUGAAUUAGAGUGGGCCAGACUGGAGGACUGGCAGAAGGAGCUCUACAAGCAUGUGAUGAGAGGCAACUAUGAGAUGCUCGUUUCCCUGGAUUACGCCAUCUCCAAACCAGACAUCCUUACCCAGAUGGAGAGGGGAGAAGAGCCUCGUCCUGCAGGCCCCUGGAGCCAGGAGAAGGGAAGCGAGGACGAGACAGCAUGGCCAAGGAGACCAAACACCGGCAUUUCUCUGAGUCCAAAGCAGGCCCCAAGUCCAGCUAGCCCUGCCCAGGAGGAACCAACUCAAAGGCAGACACCUGAGCAGCAGCAAGAGGAAGCAAGCAUGGCUCCACCGGAGCCAGGCACUGGCAUUCCAGCAAGCACCAGCACUUUAUCAAUUAAACAGGAGGAAGUCUCUGCAGAGGGAGGAGAGUUGCUACCCUCCCUUCCCACAGAUAGCCUGCCUUCUGUGGGGCCAGGUGGCGGUACUGUGACCAUCAAGACAGAAGCCCUGUCUGAGGAGGAACCUGAGCAGCCGCUUCUGGAGUCCUUGAACCAGCCCAUAUUUAGAGUCCACAAAAGGCCCAGGAUUAAGACUAGAGGCCACAGAUGGCAUCACGUCCAGGGAGUGUCAAGGGUGCAGAUUGGGGAACCCCAGGCAGCAGAGGCUAUGGGAGAGCCACCCUAUAUCCUUCCUCGACCACGGAAGCAGGCAUUCCUGUGCCCUGACUGUGGGCAGAGCUUCCGCUUGAAGAUUAAUCUGAUAAUCCAUCAACGGACUCAUGCAGAAAAGGAACACAGGGAGGCUUGGAGUAGCUUGCCUGUUAGGUCAGGGAAAAGCUGCUCCACACUGGAACCAGGGGAAGUGGUGGUGCCGGGCCCUGUCAUCCGUUGGCUUCCUGAGGAGCCCACAAGCCACCGGUCCCCAAUAAGUCAUGCCUUCAUGGGACAAAGGCCAGCAACUAAGGUUUACCACUGUAGUAAAUGCCUGCACUCCUUUCAGCAACGGAAGAGCCUGGUACUGCACCAGUGUCAGCACAUAGGCAAGAGGCAGGGCUGGCCUGCCUGUCCCUACUGUGGCAAGGCCUUCCGCUGGCCCUCACACCUCUCUCGUCACCAGCGCAUCCAUACUGGUGAGCGCCCCUAUCAGUGUCCCCAGUGUGGCAAGGCCUUUAACAGGAACUACCACCUGACUGUCCACAUGCAGACGCACUCCUGAGGCCAAGCAAGCCUCAUUUCUUCUUGCUUUCUGUCCUCCCAGGAAUGCUGA